CGCGCUGCUGGCCGGCGCCUCGAGGCAGCACAAGCUGGGCUGGGAGCACGCGCUGGCCGGGGAGGCGGGCGCCCGCCUGGAGGCGCUCGUCCUCAGGCACCACCGCGCGCCCGCCGCGCCCACCUCGCCCAACGCCACGGGCCACGUCCCCGCCGUGCCCGUGGCCGUCAGCCUUGACAUCCGCGCCGUCAGCGACCCGUACGGAGGCGAGCCGUCGGCGUUUCACCAGGAGCUGCGCGUGCACCUGGACCUGCGCCUGGAGUGGCAGGACAAGCGCCUCGCCUACAAGAAUGUUUCAGGCCUCGGCCGAUCGCCCUACCUCGUCGUGCUGCCCGAUGCGCACCUGUUCUGGACGCCGGACGUCGUGUUCGUCAACGAGAAGGAGCUGGUCCCGGAGCCGUCCCCCAAGGACGUCGGCGUCCUUCGCGUCGGGCCGCACGGUCGCGUCCAGUUCCGCGCACGUUAUUCCGUCGUGCUGUUCUGCCCCAUGGACCUGGCCCGCUUCCCCUUCGACCGCCAGGUGUGCCCCCUGCUCAUCUCGACCU